CAAAAAUAAAAAAGGUAACACAUAUUUGUUGGUAGAUAUAUUUAUUUAUUCAUAUGACAACACUAUAUUAAAUUUUCUUUUUUAUUUCGGUUCUUUGCCGUGUUGUUUAGGCGAAGAGCGUCGGAAUGAAGUACAAUAAGCUCGUCACAUCCUCCCGGAGGAAAAACAGGAAGAGGCAUUUCAGCGCCCCUUCACACAUUAGGCGAGUUCUUAUGUCAGCUCCUCUAUCCAAGGAAUUAAGGCAGAAAUUCAAUGUAAAAUCUAUGCCAAUCCGCAAAGAUGAUGAAGUUCAGGUUGUCCGUGGUCACUUCAAAGGUCAGCAGGUCGGCAAAGUGGUCCAAGUGUACCGUAAAAAGUUUGUAGUGUACAUUGAGAGGAUUCAACGUGAAAAGGCCAACGGUGCCAGUGUAUAUGUUGGCAUCCAUCCCUCAAAGUGCGUAAUCGUCAAAUUAAAGAUGAACAAGGACCGAAAAGCCAUCCUGGACCGCAGAGCGAAGGGCAGACUCGCGGCCCUCGGCAAGGACAAGGGUAAAUACACUGAGGAGACCGCCACAGCGAUGGAGACCUCGUGAACCCGUAGAUUUUAAGAUAAAUAAAAACAUAAAAAGCAA